ACUUCGCAGAAAUCCCUGUUCUUCAUGUGACAUCUGUACCAAGUGCAAACAGAGAGUCUGCUGUGAGUGUUUGCUCCGUCUUCUCUGAGAUCAGCCGAACACUGGCUUUGCACAUCAGCGCCAGAACCAUGAUGAAUGACAUUCUGGAGGCCAUCUCCCCAGCGACCAGCCUCAGUGGUUCAGCUGCUUGCGUGACCAAAGUAGAGCUGCGGGCUUCCUGCAAAGCUCUGCUGGAUCGAGAUACACUGAACAAGUCAGACCCAUGUGUCAUCCUCAUGGUACAGAUCAAUGGACAGUGGACCGAGCUGGACAGGACAGAGGUCAUCAAGAGCAACUUGCACCCAGUCUUUGGGAAGGUCUUCUUGUUAGACUACUACUUUGAGGAGGUUCAGAAGCUGCGAUUUGAAGUCUAUGACAUCCAUGGCACCCACAAUAUUGAGACCCGUGAUGAUGAUUUCCUUGGUGGGAUGGAGUGCACACUUGGCCAAAUUGUGGCCCAAAAGAAGAUCGUGAAGCCUUUGUUUUUGAAGUAUGGAAAAUAUGCAGGCAAAUCCACCAUCACGGUGCACGCCGAGGAAAUUUCAGGCAAUAAUGGAUAUGUGGAGUUCUUCUUCUCUGCCAAGAAGCUUGAUGAUAAGGAUAUCUUCAGCAAGUCAGAUCCGUUUUUGGAAAUAUACCGAAUUAAUGAUGAUGAAAGUGAGCAGCUUGUGCACAGAACUGAGGUGAUUAAAAACAACCUGAACCCUGUGUGGCAGCCUUUCAAAGUGUCUCUCAUAUCGUUGUGCAGCUGUGACGAGGAUCGCAAGCUCAAGUGCCUUGUGUGGGAUCAUGAUUCCAGAGGGAAGCAUGACUUCAUCGGCGAGUUCUACACCACUUUCAGGGAAAUGCAGAAAAUUUCCAGUGGAAAUAAGGUGUCCUGGGAUUGUGUGAAUCCCAAGUACAAACAGAAGAAGAGAAAUUAUAAAAAUUCAGGCGUUGUCAUCCUCAGUGACCUGAAGCUGCACAGACUAUACUCCUUCCUAGACUACAUCAUGGGAUGCCAGAUUCACUUUACGGUGGCCAUUGACUUCACAGCCUCUAACGGUGACCCCAGGAACAGCUGCUCGUUGCACUACAUCAACCCGUACCAGCCCAACGAGUACCUGAAGGCUCUGAUAGCGGUGGGGGAGAUCUGUCAGGACUAUGACAGUGACAAAAGAUUUUCUGCUUUGGGGUUUGGUGCCAGAAUCCCUCCUAAUUAUGAGGUGUCUCACGAUUUUCCCAUUAAUUUCAACCCUGAGGAUGAUGAAUGUGAAGGGAUUCAAGGAGUGGUUGAGGCAUACCAGAACUGCCUCCCAAAGAUCCAGUUGUACGGCCCAACCAAUGUUUCUCCCAUCAUUAACAGGAUAGCCAAGCUGUCAGCAGGAGAUGGAAACAUUAAAGACGCCUCUCGAUACCACAUCCUGCUCAUUCUCACGGACGGCGUGGUGACGGACAUGGCGGACACACGUGAAGCCAUUGUGCGAGCUUCCUAUGAGCCCCUGUCCAUAAUCAUUGUUGGGGUGGGCAAUGCAGAUUUCACAGACAUGCAGAUUUUGGAUGGCGAUGACGGCUACCUUCGCUCCCCAAAAGGCGAACCUGUCCUUCGGGACAUUGUGCAAUUCGUGCCCUUCAGAGAAUUCAAAACGGCUUCACCAGCAGCUCUGGCCAAAUGUGUUCUAGCGGAGGUGCCCAAGCAAGUUGUGGAGUACUACAGCCAUAAGGCCAUCGCCCCUCUGUGUCCAAUAAUGGACUUAUCCAGCCCCAUCUUCAGUCCAAUUGCCACCACCCCGACAGAAUAACCACCCAUAUGUUCCCGGAGGCCAAGAUUUGACCGCAGCACCAGUCCAGUAAACUGAGACAAAGAGGGGAUGAAUGGCUCACUGUUGUGGAUGAGAACAAUGAAAACAUUUUCUACGUUUGUUGUUAUUGAUGAGUGGACAGCACAACGGGGUUCUAAUACUGUACUCAGUCUGGAUCCAUAACCUCUCUGUGGCUGUACAUAUUGACCACCCAGCUCUUUCAACAUUGUGAGUCCUGGAGGAUAAUGUUUUUGUUCCCUAGAAUUUAUGCAUGCCGGCCGAUGCCUGAGUGCUGCUCCAUUGACCAGGACUGAGGAAUGAUUUUCAGCAUCUCAGCUUUUGCUUUUCUGUUACAGUUUAAUUUGCCAUACUUAUCUUUGGAACCUUUUCAAAAUGUAUGUUACAAAUAGAUUUCUGACUUCUGACACUGACUUCAUCUUCUCAAGAUGUUAUAGAUGAUCACAAAUCCUCCAUUUAGACCUGCUGACACAUUAAGCUGCCCUUAUAAACCAAUUCUGUCAGGAUGCAGGACAGGCCUCAUUUUAGGAUGACAGAACAUAACAUGGUUCCAUAUUACUCUGCCGCAGGUGUAGAGUUCUAGGAACAGAAACAUGGCAAAUUUAUAAAUGGAAUCAUUUACGUACAAUAGUACAAUGUCCUAUUUAUUGCCAACACCAAAAGUUGUGUUCCAUGUAGGGUUGGACAAUUAAACAAGCUUUACAUGGAAUCAAAAUUCAAGAAUGUUCAUGAUUAUUUUUUUUAGUCUGCAUUAUUUUGUGCCACAUCAAAUAUUUGCACAAUCAGGUCACAGUGCAUGGUGACUCACAAAACUCUUGAGAAACACAAUCUUGUAUCGUGAUCACCAUUUGGUCUUAUUUACACAUUGGCUAGUGCCAAGCAAUCCAACUGCUAAGUAUACCUGGAAGCGAAAAAAAAAAUCCUUUUGGGGGGUGGGGGGUGCUGCAGUGCCUUAGUUGUGCACAGGGUGUAGGCGAGGACUGGAGGAGCUGCUGGGAGAUCUCAGUGACUGUCAUGCCAAUACCAACGUGAGGACUGUCCAGAGCCAUCCAUGAGCCUCACUGUCUAUUACAUUGACAAGAGUGGAAUUUUGUUAACAUAGUCCUUCUGAUGGGAUAUUAUCUGGAGGACCACUGGAAUCACUGCCAUCAUUGGGACUCUGUAAAGACUGAACGUGCCGCUACAUCGAUGAUGGUGUACAUAGUCAACAGCUUGACAGGUGGACAUGACUGUCAUGUUUUGGGCAUCAACCCCUUCUAAAAAUUGGUAAGUUAUAAGUUAUUCAUGAAGCAUUUUAACAUGAAGUGAUGAAAACUGAUAUUAUAAAAACAAUCUGAUAAAAACAAUGGACUGGAACAAUGUGGGAUCCCACAUUGCAGUUAAGAUUUUUAGCCAUAUUGUCCAGCCCUAUAUCCAUGUUGAACCAGCUGACAAAAACAGAACUGUGCUGUUGCACGUAUAAGCACCUUGUCCUGUAGUGCUGACUGAGUUGAUGAGAGUUUUACAAGUUAGUAGUUUCUCACAAAAUAAUUUGCUGAAAUAUAAGAAAUAAAUACCCAACAGGUCUGUUUUUGAGCCAACUACUAACUAGUGUAAUUAGCUGGCCUAGCAAGCCAUUGUGUUGGCUGAGCUAAGCUAGCUCGACAGUGUGCUUGCAAUACAAUGCACAAUUUAUCACUUGAAAGGAAUGUAUUUGUACAUGCAGUGUUGACUUGUAACUGACUACAAGUUAUCUGUUUUUGGAAAGGUUUACACUUUUGGUAGGGCAGAAUUCUAUAAAACUGUAUUGUGAAACAGCUAAAAUAAGAGCUGGUGCCCUUUUGGUCACUGUUUACUUCGGCUGCCUCAAAGGUCAGCAGUAGCAGGACAGCAUUUGAUUGAUUGGACACUAGUGUGUGAUAUUUGUGUGGAUUAUGCCAGCAAAUGGUGUACAGUGAAAGGAACUGAAAUUUGCUCUGAAAGUUUGCUGCCAAAAUGCAAUUAUGGCUGCCCUCAUAACCUGAGAAGGUGACAGUGUUAUAACAGCAGCGGUAGUUUUUAAAUCUCCAGGCCUGCACAUCCCCAUGACAUAUAUGUAUAUAUUCUCCUUCUUCUCUUAAAAAUUCACAAGGAAAA